GCGCCCUGCGCGGCCCGCGCCGCGCUCCCGCCCGGGGCUCGGCGUGGGGGCGGGGCGGGAGGUCCGGCGAUGGGCGGGGUCGAGCGCGGGCGCGCUCCCGCUUCCCUCCCGCGCGGCGCGCCCGGCGGCGCAGGGGGCGGAGCGGCUAUAUUACGUGCGCGGCGCCGCCCCUGCGAGAGGACGUUGCGUGCUCGCUCGCGGCAGGCGAGUCUCCGCGUCUCCCUCGCGAACUCGGUGAAAGGAAUUGGCGCCGUUCGACGCCAGGCGGGUCCGCUCUGCAGCACGAACCCACCUCCAGCCGCAGCCGCAGCCGCCGCCCGCGCCGAGGAGCAGCCGCAGCAGCCGCCACCAGUGGCCGAGCGAGCGGAGCCCAGUUUGAGCCAGCGCCUAGCGGUGAAUUGGGGCCCUCACCAUGAGUUCCUCGCCUAUUAAUGUAAAAAAGCUGAAGGUGUCGGAGCUGAAAGAGGAGCUUAGGAAGCGGCGCCUUUCUGACAAGGGGCUCAAGGCCGAGCUCAUGGAGCGACUCCAGGCCGCGCUGGACGACGAGGAGGCCGGGGGCCGCCCCGCCAUGGAGCCCGGGAACGGCAGCCUAGACCUGGGCGGAGAUUCCGCCGGGCGCUCGGGAGCAGGCCUCGAGCAGGAGGCCGCGACCGGCGGCGACGAAGAGGAGGAGGAGGAGGAAGAGGAGGAGGAGGGGAUCACCGCCCUGGAUGGCGACCAGAUGGAGAUAGGAGAGGAGAACGGGGCCGCGGGGGCGGCCGACUCGGGCCCGAUGGAGGAGGAGGCCGCCUCGGAAGACGAGAACGGCGACGAUCAGGGUUUCCAGGAAGGGGAGGAUGAGCUCGGAGACGAGGAGGAGGGCGCGGGCGACGAGAACGGGCACGGGGAGCAGCAGCCUCAACCGCCGGCGACGCCGCAGCAACAGACCCAACAGCAGCGCGGGGCCGCCAAGGAGGCCGCGGGGAAGAGCAGCGGCCCCACCUCGCUUUUCGCGGUGACGGUGGCGCCGCCCGGGGCGAGGCAGGGCCAGCAGCAGGCGGGAGGUAAGAAGAAGGCGGAAGGCGGCGGAGGCGGCGGUCGCCCCGGGGCUCCGGCGGCGGGAGACGGCAAAACAGAGCAGAAAGGCGGAGAUAAAAAGAGAGGGGUUAAACGACCUCGGGAAGACCAUGGCCGCGGAUACUUUGAGUACAUUGAGGAGAACAAGUAUAGCAGGGCCAAAUCUCCUCAGCCACCUGUUGAAGAGGAAGAUGAGCACUUCGAUGACACGGUGGUUUGUCUUGAUACUUAUAAUUGUGAUCUACAUUUUAAAAUAUCCAGAGAUCGCCUCAGUGCUUCUUCCCUUACUAUGGAGAGUUUUGCUUUUCUUUGGGCUGGAGGAAGGGCAUCUUAUGGUGUGUCAAAAGGCAAAGUCUGUUUUGAGAUGAAGGUUACAGAGAAGAUCCCAGUCAGGCACUUAUAUACAAAAGAUAUUGACAUCCAUGAAGUUCGGAUUGGCUGGUCACUAACCACGAGUGGAAUGCUGCUUGGUGAAGAAGAAUUUUCUUAUGGAUAUUCUUUAAAAGGAAUAAAAACAUGCAACUGUGAGACUGAAGAUUACGGAGAGAAAUUUGAUGAAAAUGAUGUGAUUACGUGUUUUGUUAACUUUGAAAGUGAUGAAGUAGAACUCUCUUAUGCUAAGAAUGGACAAGAUCUUGGCGUUGCCUUCAAAAUAAGCAAGGGAAUUCUUGCUGGGCGGCCACUCUUCCCACACGUUCUCUGCCACAACUGUGCAGUUGAAUUUAAUUUUGGUCAGAAGGAAAAGCCAUAUUUUCCAAUACCUGAAGAAUAUACUUUCAUCCAGAAUGUUCCCUUAGAGGAUCGAGUGAGAGGACCAAAGGGGCCUGAAGAAAAGAAAGAUUGUGAAGUCGUGAUGAUGAUUGGCUUGCCAGGAGCUGGUAAAACUACCUGGGUUACUAAACAUGCAGCAGAAAAUCCAGGGAAAUACAACAUUCUUGGAACAAACACCAUUAUGGAUAAAAUGAUGGUGGCAGGUUUUAAGAAACAGAUGGCAGAUACUGGAAAACUGAACACACUGUUGCAGAGAGCCCCACAGUGUCUUGGCAAGUUUAUUGAGAUUGCUGCCCGAAAGAAGAGAAAUUUCAUUCUGGAUCAGACAAAUGUCUCUGCUGCUGCCCAGAGGAGAAAAAUGUGCCUGUUUGCAGGCUUCCAGCGAAAAGCUGUUGUAGUUUGCCCUAAAGAUGAAGACUAUAAGCAAAGAACACAAAAGAAAGCAGAAGUAGAGGGAAAGGACCUACCAGAACAUGCAGUCCUCAAAAUGAAAGGAAACUUUACCCUCCCAGAGGUAGCUGAGUGCUUUGAUGAAAUAACCUAUGUUGAACUUCAGAAGGAGGAAGCCCAGAAACUUUUGGAGCAAUAUAAGGAAGAAAGCAAAAAGGCUCUUCCACCAGAAAAGAAACAAAACACUGGCUCAAAGAAGAGUAAUAAAAACAAGAGUGGCAAGAACCAGUUUAACAGAGGCGGUGGCCAUAGAGGACGAGGAGGAUUCAAUAUGCGUGGUGGAAAUUUCAGAGGAGGAGCUCCUGGUAAUCGUGGUGGAUAUAACAGGAGGGGCAAUAUGCCACAGAGAGGCGGUGGCGGUGGCGGAAGUGGUGGGAUCGGCUAUCCAUACCCCCGUGGCCCUGUGUUUCCCAGCCGAGGUGGUUAUUCAAACAGAGGGAACUACAACAGAGGCGGAAUGCCCAACAGAGGGAACUACAACCAGAACUUCAGAGGACGAGGAAACAAUCGUGGCUACAAAAAUCAAUCUCAGGGCUACAACCAGUGGCAGCAGGGUCAAUUCUGGGGUCAGAAGCCAUGGAGUCAGCAUUAUCACCAAGGAUAUUAUUGAAUACCCAAAUAAAACGAACUGAUACAUAUUUCUCCAAAACCUUCACAAGAAGUCGACUGUUUUCUUUAGUAGGCUAACUUUUUAAACAUUCCACAAGAGGAAGUGCCUGCGGGUUCCUUUUUUAGAAGCUUUGUGGGUUGAUUUUUUUUCUUUUCUUUUUUGUACAUUUUUAAUUGCAGUUUUAAAGUGAAUCGUAAGAGAACCUCAGCAUUGUGCACGAUAAGAGAAUGUGUCAGUAUUUCAGGGUUCUACAUUUUAUCUGUAAAAUGUGACUUUUUUUUUUAUCACAACAAAAGUAAAAUGUUGCUUUGUACCUGGUGUCUUUUAUUAAGAAUUUACUCCCCCCAUUUCUCACAGAGAAUAACAGUCGGGAGUCAUUGUCACAAUAUAAUAGAAAUGUUAGCAACCAGAUUCAUGUAAGGACUGAGUGGUCCUCAUGAAUUGCGUAAGACUCUGUACUGCUCAUAUUACACUCCAUCCUCUCUGCAGUUUGCCGGGUAGUGGAGGGGGUAAGCUAAAUAGUUUCUGACAACAACUGGGAAGGCUUUUUCUUGUUGAGUAACAAUGGAAUUGGCAUAAUUGGGAAUGAAGAUUAAAAACUUGGAACUAAGAUAGAGAAGAUGGAGUGUAUGUAGAAGGGCUGUUAAAAAUGUAAAUCUUGGUUGCAUUAUUUGUGGAGGCUCAAACUUGUGAAGGUUAAAUACCAUAAUUUUUUCAUUUGUUCUGCAUUUUGAUUCUGAAAGAAAGCUGGCUUUGCCCAUUUCUUAUUAAAAAAACUUGUUGUAAAUCCAGUUGUCUAAUGGGAUCUAUAUGAAGUUAGCUAUGUCUGUAUGCCCUUCUCCCACAAAAUACUGUAUAACUAGUGUGCUUGUAGUAGUUAACUCCACCAUCUUUGUAAGCUAAUGAAAUUGUGAGUCACCCAUUUAUAUCUUAAUUUUUAAUCAUGUCAGUUCUUGAAUGGGUAUCUCCUUAGCCUGCUGAUUUCUUUUUCUUUCUAAAGAAAGUGGGUGGAGAAAUUAAUUUAGACGUUUUGUUUGCAAUAAAAAGAAUUCAUUUUACUCUCGUUUUGGGAUUCUCGCCAUCAAGGUUCAAAAUCCCUUUAUAUAACUCCCAAAGUGGAGAGAUUCUAAGUGUGUGCUUUCUGGACAGCUUAUUCUUUACUCUGUACUUAGAACAUUUAGGUUUUAAAAACUUAAAUGUAUGCUGACAAUUUAUAAUUAUGAAGUAAAGUUGAAUUCUUCCCUUCCCCUCCCCCACAGACAACUUUUAUCAUUUAAUGAGGGGAAAAGGUACUGGCUGGGAGAAGUUAACACUCAGUUUAUCAUCUUUACAAAAUGCUAAUGGCUGUCCUCAACCGAUUAUUUUAUAUACAUAUUUGAGAUACAUGAAACUCUGGGAACAGAUGCUUUUAGAAGCCAUCAUGCAAGCCAGUCAUUGAUUUCACUACUACACAACACUGCUAACUUAACUGUAGCUAUGUGAUAACAUUAGAUCCCCUAAUUGUAAUUUUAUUGGGUUUGCACAGAACACUUUAAUCUUCCCCUCACUAAGUGAAGUGAGGAAUAAGGAGUCAAACUGUAGAACUAAAAUUUGACUUCAGUCUAGUGUUUUGUUGGUGUUUUUAGGUUGCUUCUGGUAAGUUUAGGUGUGCUGUAUUUCUGAUUGCUUAGAAUUUUGUUGCAGCCUUUUCAAAUCAGAUUUUUAACUUGAAUUCAUAUUCCUAGGAAAUUUUUUGCAGCAAGCUAGAGUUCUAGAUUGUGGUGUAGGUUUAGUUGAGAAAUUUCUUGAACAAAGGCUAAUCCUUGAUUAAUGUAGGAUACUUAACAGUCUCAAGGUAGUGUCUCAUGAAUUUUUGUCUUUUUAGCAAUUAAUGCUAGCAGCCAUUGGACUGAGCUACUUUUCAGUAUACAUUAUUUUUAGGAUUGCAUAUAUUUGCCCAGAGGAAAAAUUUAAACUUGAUUCUUUUUAAUCAAUGUUAGGUGUCCUGAAGUUUUCAUUUGUGCCUUUUAAAAUUUUGAAUAUACCUUCUAGUAGAGAAUUGCUUAUUAAGGAAUUCAUUUCAUAAUUACAACAGGAAAGUGAUGGUCAAAUAACACGCCUAUAUAGGCCAGAGAAUUUUGGGGAGGAGAGAAAAGGGGAUAGAUAAAAAUGCUGUUCAGAAAAAACUGUUAAGAUUUUAAGCAAUCAAGAUUAGAAUUAAGUUAUGUCUAUAUUUAUGUGAAACAAAUCUUAAAGUAUUUAAAAAAUUCAGAAAAGAGAAUACACCAAAUAGCAAGCAAAAGGGAGAAAAAUAGGUAAGUUAAGAAAUGCCAGGUUCUGGAAGAAAAAGAUCUCUGAAUGAGAAACUUGAUUUAGAUUUAUUGUUCAUCCAACGGCAUGCCAUCCCCACUCCUCCCCCCAAUAGCAAGCAAAAGUCUGAACAAAGACACUACAGACUUAGUUAUGAACAAAUUCUGAAUGACCACAGAAAACUGAGAUUGUGGUUGGUUGAAGGGGCAGUCUCACUAGGAAUUUUUGUAGGUAAUCUUACAUGUGCUGCAAAAAAUUGGAUUGGUUUAGCUACAGUAGUAUGAAAACAGCAUUAGAGACUAGUGACGAAAGGAAACGAAAAUUGCUGCCAGGUAGAAAUGGUAAAAAAAUUAUGUAGAAAGUUUUCCUUGUUUGGUAGGUUAUAUUGUACUCAAUCUAGCUUUUGAAGGCCCCUGGUUCUAACUUACUAAGAAAUCAGUGACCAGCUUCUUCUGCCCUUAAUAUCCACAUAGCAAGAUUAAAUCAUGAAGUAACAAAAGCAAGCAAUAUUAAAUCUAUAAAAAUAAUAAGCUGAUUUGCCUAGGAUAUAUUUUAUGUAAAAAUUAGGAAUAUGAACCUAGAUGUCCUGAAGCUCUAUCUAGUAACAAGGUAUUUACUCAUUAAAGGCAAUUUUCUUUGAAAAAGUAUUUAAAAUUUUUCUAGGAAAUAUAUUUAAUAGUAUUUUUAAGGGCUUUUCACCCUGGAGAUUUUAUACUUACAGACUGAUAAACCUGUAUUUAACAUUUGCCUCACCUGUGUGGGAAUUGGAUGGCGUGUUUUUCUGUAAAUUUGUUCAUAACAUAAAUUGGCGUUUUACCUUAGGACCACGUCUAUAGUGGGUUCCUCUGCAUGAAUAAAUAUAAUGAAAUAUUUUAGGACCUUGUAAGGCAGUGGUAUAGACAUGGAUAUAAAGACCUAAUUGUAGAGCUUCUAAGAGUAUGUUUCAUUUUUUUUUUUAUAAGCCAAAACUAGAAUAAACAUAGUUUAGUGAGAAAAGCAUAAACACCUCUUAGAGCCCACAUCUUCAGUGUCUGUUAUUGGACAUGAUAAGUGGAUAUAUUACAGAGUUUCCGUAAAUCUCUUCCUAUACAUAAAUGUAUACAAUAUUGUAUCUGAGUCUAAGCCUUGUCAUUUAUUGUUCGUAAUGCUGGAGCUCUGAGAUUGAGGUGUUGAGGAUUUGUGAAAAAUCGUUUAAGUUUUAACAUUUUAAUAGUAGUUAAUAAAAGCAAGGAUAUAUAUGUUAAGGCCUAACAGUAGGUUGCCAUACCCAUGCAUUGGGACUCAAACCUAAGCAUAAAUUUUAAGGGGUGGUAAACAUUGUGUUUUCGGCUAGAAUCAGUUAAUCUAAGUCUCCAAACAGUAAUUUAAAUUUAUUACUCUUGUAAACCACAAGUCUGUUUAAAUUGCUAAUUGCCUAAACCUACCCUAAAAUACUCAGUUAAAUUGCAGUACCCUUGGAAGAAAGCCUUUUGCUUAGUUUUUAGCUAUGGAGGGGUUUUUUGGCCACAGCUAUUCCUCACCGACAUUUUUAAAACAUGAAAGUGAGUGAUAGAUCUAGCUAGCUUAGUGCUCGAGUUUUUAGUUUUGUAGGCUGCUCUUGGAUCAUCCUCAAAGUUGUUUUUUUAAAUCUAUUAGUACUACAGGUCCAUUUUUAUGAAAUAAAUAAGCAUUAAAAGUACUUUGUCCAGCUCACUCACAUUGGAUUGACCUUUGUCUUACUAACCCUUGCUGGUAACCUUGAUCUUUGAGCCCUUUAGAAUUUGAAAGUGAGUUACAGUACUUACUGAAGUGUAAUGUGUGUCCGUUGAGUGUGUGGGAAUAGAUUAAAAACCAGGGCUUCCCAAGUUUGUUGACAUUCCACAAUUUUAAUUAUGUGUGUGUUUAUGAAAUAGAACAAUUGAAACAACCUACCUUAAGGUGUAGUUUUCAUUAUGUUUAGCUACAUAUGUAUGCUAGUUUAUUUGGGGUCACACUUAGCUUAAUUGCAAAUCAUGUAGAACAGCAGGACCUCCGAAAAUAAGAACUUAUGUGAGAAAUAGCUAAAAUAGAUUGUAUAUUCACAUUAAGGCAUACUUUCAUGUCUUAGCCAAUUGACUAAAAAAUACAAGUGAUUAAGCUUAAUUAGUUGCCUCAAGAACUUCAUUUAGUCUACAAGGAAUAGUAGAUUGGAAAUAGGUAGGUUGGAAAUUUUAAUUUAAAAAAUUAAAAUUUAUUAUGUUAACUAGAAUUGUUCAGAAAAUGACACCUUCAUAGUGGAAUUGAUAGUUGGUAGGAAAACAAAUGUUCAAGAUAAGUGACAGGCCAGAACCACUGAUCACUGCUUGGUUAGGUGAGUAGUUAGGACCGGGAAGUUAACCAUGUGUUUUUGUUAUCUAAUUACUGCCUAGGAAUGUUGUUUAAUUUCUUUUUUUUUUUCAUGCCAGGAGUCAGCUUAGAUUUUGACAAGAAAUGGGUUUUGCUUUUAAACAAAGCUGAAUCUGGGCAUGAGAAACUAUAUACUAUAGUUGAAAGUGAUGAGGUAAAUGAGAGUCUAGAAAUGUUUCUAGAAAGGUUCAAUUCGUUGUUAUACCAUUACAAUCACUGAACUGUCCGAUGGCAUAGUUACUCAUGAGCAUGCCCAGCCUGAGCGUCCGCACUGUCCAAAAUUAAUGCACGGAUUACAGGCUGGAGAGCCAACAUAGCAUCUAACUGAUAAACACUGAAUUUGUGGCAUGUUCUCCUGCUUUUCCUUUAACCAGUACCAUUCCAUGACCUUAACAGGAAGUAAAAUCAGUUUUUUCAGUAAAAUAUACUUUGCAAACACAGCAUUGCCACAAGUUGGUAUCAGCCAAACAAUUUUUCAAAAUUUAAAAAGCCACCAAGAACAGAUUACUGACUAGUAUAGACAUGUAAUUUAUAACUGUGACAAAUGCCUUUGAAAGUAUUGAAGCAUACAUAGAGAAGACGAGAUAAAAUCAAUACUUUGCAUGAAUGAUUGGGGCUUAUUUGAAUGGCAACUAAAUGAUUUUUUGAGGUAGCGUGUACCAGUUGUCUGUAAAGGGAAACCCGGAGAUUCAUGGUCAAGUACAAGAACACAAGGUUCCAACUUACUUUUUUUUUUUCCUUGAGAAGUAAUAAAACAGAAAGAAAUGUGCUGAUUUAAAUUUCAUCUCCUUUUCCUUAGUCUGUCCAUGUGAAUGUGCUGUGUGGAAGAGUUAAAGGGCCCAACUAAAUGUGUUCCAGUGAUUCCAAUAGGUAUUCCGAAUUAAUUGCUGCUUGUACAUUUAGCAAUUGUUAGGUUAGGCAUCCAGGAUCACCUUAAAUAGGACUCUAAUUGUUUUAAAAAGAUGGGGGGGGAGAGUAAUUGGUAAUCAGAUGGACAGAUUCUCUGCAACAGAAAAAAAGGUGUUCCAAUUUCUCUCUUGCAUACCUGGAGUAUCUCUUAGCAGUUGGUACUCUAAGGUUUAGGGGAGUAUAUGCAAUUAGACCUGAGUCCUUUCAAGGUUAGGUCCAUUUUCUUGGUGGCUCCAAUUCCUUCUUUAACUUUGCAGGACAUUUAACAUCCUCUCUACUUGUAGGGCUUUUUUAAAAAAAAAAAUUAGCUGAAUUUAAAGAUUCAGACUUACAGGGUUUAAGUAAAUACUUCCUUACGGUGUUCUAAUGAAAAACAGUAAGUCUAGGUUAGGAUACCUUUCCGUCCUCACUUUCCAAAAAUCUUUUUUGCAUUUAUACUAAAUACACAAAUACUCCUUUUUACUAACUUUAGAAAAUUUGAAAAACAGGUUGAGGUCCUUUCAGUUCCUGAACUGAUAUAAAUCCGUGUCUGGAGGUAUAUAAAAUCAACUAGGAAGUAAAUUUAAAAUCAAAAGGCUGAGGGAAUAGGAAAGCUUGGGGUGAGCUUUGAUUGUGUCAGUCAGUCCCCAGAGCAUUUAAUUUUCAGCUUCCCUGAAAGACUUGAUAAGCUUAGAGAAAAUUUAUUUUUCCCACUACAUGCUCCAGAGUAAUGUCUUUAGGUGAAAUGAGAGGGAUUGGGUGCUGUUGUGAUUCCAAUGUACCUGUCAGGGUUUGCUUCUUAAUGAAAUACGGCUCUGCUCACAAAAAGCAAUAUAAUGACUUCGGAAGAGCGUGUAACUUGGUUGCAUAACCAAUUCUGUUCGUUUGAAGAAAAAAAAAAACCAUAAAACUAGAAAAGCAACAUUCAAAAAUAAGCUUUGAAUAGAGAUGGUAAGGCUUAAGGCAUGUUUUAUUUCACAUGACUUUCAUAAUGACUUGUCUUUAUAGGGGAAGAAACAUUUCUGUGGAAACUUAAUCCUUUAAGAAACCAGUAGAUGCAGAGAUAGGUUUUUGGUAUCCGUUAAGGGUGUGCCGUAUAAUGGGUGGUUUAUUCCUAGAAAAAGAACAGACAUCAACCAUUACAUUGACACAAAUUUUUAAAGUGAACAAUAGAAACUUAAAAUUAUUUGCCUAUUGUAAUCAAUAGUAGCCUUCUCAAGAUAAAAAUACUCAUGUCAUCCUUACUCUAGAAAAUGGAAGAGUAAGGUGGAAGCGAUGAUUGAAAAGCACUCAAAUAUCUGCAAUACAUACAUCUGUAGUGCUCAUAUUACAAGCUUUAAAAUGUAAUACUUUCACGAUAAAACUUUUUGUCCCCCAUCUUCCCUUUUAAUGAAAAAUCUAAAAACAUUUUAAAAUGGAACUGAAUGUGCAAAGCAAGCUGUGUAAAAUGCCAGUAUUUGGGUGGUAGAGAAUAUUGGUAUAUUAUAUUGACCUGACAUUAUUACUGGACUAUUUUAAGAUGCUUCCAGAAAAUACUUUAUUCAAGAGGACCAUUGAAAAUCAUAAUUAUAGCAAUCUUUUAAUUUUUCUACUUUCCUUGUUAAGGUCUUCUGCUUACCCCAAAAUAGUGUAUGUCUUAACAUGACUUUUAAAGGGGUGUCUUGACCCCCAUCGCAGAUUUUUAUCUAGGAAUAGAAGGAUUCAAACCCUAUUUGUUACCUAGCUCUUUGCUGAAAAGUGCAUAAACAGGAAUCCUGAAUUUAUUAUAUAGACCUCCUCGCAUUAUAUAAUCGAAGCAAAGGGAAACCAGCGAUGGAGUAGAGGUACGUAGACUAAAGAGAUGCUUGCAAAUCCAAUAAUGGUACCAGGGAUAGUCAGUUUCUUAUUGACAAACUCAAGUCAUUAUAAAUUACAAAUCCAGAGAAAAGCUAGUUAAUUUGAAAUUCCCUGAGGUCCUUUUAUUGAGAUGGAAAACCAAGUAGUCAAGGAGAAACAGAGGGAGGGGCAAAGGGAAGGGGGAAAUGCAUAAAGCACUAGAAAGAUCUUUUUAAAAGCUGAUAUGAUAGAUAAGCCACAAAAAGUUUUUAAGACUACUAAUGCCCACAAUUCUAUUUUAAUCAGCUAUUUAGCUGGUACCUACUGCUAUGUCACCUAGUGUGAAAUUUCGGAAUUAAUGGAACGAUGAAGGAAGCAGUGCUCUGGAGGCUCCAAGAGGGCGUGGAAGGUCUCCAAUUUAUACAAUCAUUCUGCUGUGAAACUGAACUAACCUUGUAAUUGGUGAAGGCGUUGGAAAUUUUACCAGCCGAGAGGUUUGUUUCUCUCUUACUCAGGGUAAGAUGUAACCGCAGUAUGCUAGAGCUAGAAGGGACUUUAAUUACUUAAUCCAUCUGCUCAGUUUUACAUGUUCCAUACAUUAGAAUGUCAGCUCUCUGUAUCCUCCAGUUCCAUAUCCUCGGACUCAUGCAACUGCUGAUCGAAGGUAUUGGGAAAACCAAACAAUAACAAUGCAACAACAAAAAAAUACAAUCGUUAAACAGUACAGUGUAACAACUAGUUACAUAGCAUUUCCAUGGCAUUAGAUAUUAUAAGUAAUUAGAGAUGAUUUAUGGGAGGCGGAGAACAGCAGACACCUGUAUGUAAUCCCAGAUGCCCAGGAGGAUUGCUCUGAGUGCAGGAGUUCGAACCCAGCCUGGGCAACAGAACGAGACACUGUCUCAUAAAUAAAUGAAUAAAAACUAUAUGGGAGGUUGUGCAUACUCAUGCCAAUACUAUUUUAUAUAAGGAACUUGGGGAUGUGCUGCGGAUGCCCAGGGAAGACUGCACACGAGCUGAGAGCAGAAGUGGUCUGUCCGUACAGCCUGUUAAAUACCAGAUCAUUAGUGCUCCUCAGUGUUCCCCCCCUUCAUGAAGUGCUGCCUCUUACUACAGGUGAAUGUCACUUGGAAUUUUAAACUAUUCUUUGGCUGAGAUCAGUGUGAAUAAUGUAGACUGCACUCAACUUUGGUUUGUGCUAGUACGAGCAGGCAGAUCAUGCAAAAUUGCAUUUUCCUUUCUGUUAACCUUUUCUUAGCAAUGUCUAAAUCCCUCCUUUGGUGGCUGCCAGAUUAGAAUCAGUAAAAGUUUUCUCUCAGAACAUGUGUUUGACAAUGUCAUUCACUGGUAGUUAAGGCACAUGGUAAACCUCUCAACCGCUGUACCCUGACCCUCCUAGUGGCAGCUAAAAGCAGGUGGGCAUGGGAGGGGAAACGCUCUCGUGAACUGACUGGAGCGAGCCCCACUUUUCCUUGAAGACUUCUUCCUUCCUUGCUCUGUUUCAGUGGCUUGCCAUGGUAUUUCAAAGUAACAGGACCAAUCAAUAACGGCUACAGUCCUGUCGACUGAUGUCUUUUUUUUUCCCCUCAGUAUUUCUUUAGCACUUAAGCAUCUGUGUUUUAUUGUAUUUAACAGAUCCUGAAAAAUAAUGUCCAUUAAUACUUUGCAAGAAAAUAACUUCAUUUCCUUAGGGAGAAUUUCUUCUGGGUGAAUAAUAUUGAUUUACUUGGAUGUUGGGUAAUUUUAUACUUGUAUUUUAAAGGAUUUUUUAAUGGGGGCAGCCAAUUGACUUUCAAAUGGCUUGUUUACCUUAAUGCAAUGACAUUAAGUGCAAUUCUACAAUAUUUCCAUUGCACCAUUCUACCAAACAAGUUCUGAAAGCAUUUUUAUACAUACCAUGCACAUAAUUUGAAUUCAAAACCAAUUUUACUUAAAAAUUAAGACCGUGCAUACUUACAAAAAACAUUUAGGGCACUUAAAAAAUUAAGUAUGACAAGUACACUAUGUGCAACACAAGAAUGCUACAUUGGCAUUAGAUAACAAGGCCAGAAUAAACUGGCGAGUUGUCAUACAAGUGUGAACAAAAAAAAAGACUACAACUUACACAUACUUUAUUUACUUGAUGGCGAGCUUAUUGAACAUAAAAUGUUUUAUGUGAUUAAUACCAGCUUUGUUCACGUCGACAUCAGGGAGUUGUGUUUGGUAUUCUGUGCUCAAGAUUGCUUAGCUGCUGCUGUCGCCGUCAGUUUGUUUUCUUUCAGGAUCAAGGUGGGUGCUUUCAUAUAGUAUCUUAUUUUUAAUCCCUUCUCUGGCAAUUCUUUCCUGGAUUCUUUGCUUUGCAUUAUUAUACCUACAAUGGAACCUUGUAAGAAAAGAAUAUGAAGAAAUUAUUAAUAUAAAGUUCCUAUAGAAAUUAGUUUUAUCAAAUUUAUUUAUUGCUCUUUAUAAUGGCACGGUUUAAAAAUGCUCACAGAUAACUACCCCAAGACUGGAAAUACAAAGUGUAGCUUGGAGUGCUAUUUUGGGAUGGUUGUCAAAAUACCUAUGAACACAUGCUUUUUUAAAAAUUAAGGGAUGUCUACAUAAAAUGAGGCUUUCUAUCACUUUAGCUUAGUUCAUCUGUUAAAGAACUGCAUAUAUAAAUGGAACCAUAGAGUAUGUGCAUCGUGCACUGUGGAAUCUGGCUUAUUUUGCUCAAGAAAAUAUGUUUGAGAUUUGUGUAUCUUACUAUUCAUCAGUAAUUGUGAACACCCUUAAAGUAGCACUUUCAGAUGUGAUGAACAAGCAGGAAUGAUAUAUAGGCGUUAGCGUAAGGGCAAGGUUGAGGCCUUCCUAAAUGAAGUGUAGAAACCAUGACUUUGUUUUGAUGGGAUGUCUAAUGUCACACAUUCAUCUGUUCAAGCGUGCAGUGAAUGAUAUGGUAUAUGGAUAGAUGUGUUGAAAAGGUAAAGGCAUUCCAGCAAUGUUGUUUGGUAAGACAGAUUCCAUUAAAAAGUCCUUAAUCAAGAUUCAUUCUUCAUUUUAGGUGGGACUCUCCCAAUGGGAGAUAGCUCUGAAAAAAGCAUGUGCUUCGCUAUUAGAUAACCUAUUAUAAUCAUGGAUUUUCUUCCAUACUUAGCAAACAUACCAGCAUCCUAAAGUCACCAAGAUAAAUCCUCCUACUCCAACAUCACAUGAUCUUCUAAUUCUACCUGUUUAAGUAAGCAUAAACAGUAUAAUUAAUUAGAAUGUAACUACACAUUAUAGUUACUCUAGAAAAAAAUUACUAAUCAACAUAGAGAAAAUUUUUUAAAAACAAAUAAAAAAGAUACUCACUAGUUAACAAAAGAUGUCCAAGGCCAGCCACAGCGGAUCCUAAUGAACCAUACAAGACCGAAUCCCGUGCACAGGGGAUGUUUUCAACAUCCAAAAUUCCUAGGAGCUUAAAUGGCUAUGAUUGAAAAAAAAAAAAAGCUAGAUUGAACAAGAAAAUAGUUUAUUUCAAGGUGUGUUGGCAAAGAUUACAAUACAUUCCCCUUGGUACCAUCAAGAGAUUAUUAAGCUAGAGUAUGUGCCGUGUGACAGCCUGGAAUCAAUUUCUGCUUUUUCCUGCUUUUGGUACACAGUCUGAGUCUUGAAAUUGGAACCCUUGAAAACUUGAUCAGAAAGCCCUAGGCAGUAGGAUAACUUUGUGUUAUAUCAUAAUUUGCUAAUCAACUAAUUUGGAAAUAGGAAUAUACAUAUUUUAUGUGGUCUUCAAAUGACAUUACUUGGGAAUUUGGCUAUCAUUGAAAUUAAAAAGCAUCAUAGUUUGCUCUAAUAAUCCCAGUAAUUUGGACCACAUUUGCUUAACAUUAACAUGCUGUUUUAAAUCCCAUUUUCGUGUUUUGUUGGUGUUAACUAGAUGAACAACAUUUGUGGUUGCAACAGAUACUUCACGUGAAGAUAAACAUGGGCAAUAUAUUUAUCUCUUCUAGUCUCGGUUUUCUUGCCUGUGAAAAGUGAGGUUGCACUUGAUCCUGCAUUCUCCCUAUGUGGUAGCCGCAGCCCGCUGUGGUGGGGACAGCCGGGAAUCCCCAGCUGGGUUUUGUUCCGGCUCUGCCACUAACUUCUCCAACCCCAUCUCAAUCUGUUGUAAGUUCCUUCACCUGCUAAAAUGGCUUUUUCUACAGUCUUCAUUGGAUUUAUGGACUUGUUUUCCCCAUGUUUGACUGGGAUGUCUGUCACUAUAAACUGUACUUUAGGGCAGCAGCAGGACAGACAUUUAACAGUCAUGUUUAACUGGUAUUUCUACUGAGUAAAAAAAAGGUUAGAAAUGAUCUUUUCUAAUACUUGAUUACUGUAAAUGUAAGUUUCCAGCAACAUUGCUUGCAAGGUUUCACAGUUUUCAAAGUGGGUUAGUACUGUGUGGGGUAGGACAUGAAGCUAGAGGAAGAGGAUUCUAUAGGAUGAGAUGAUAGCUAGAAGGUAGUAUAUUUUAAGGGGAAAGAGAUUAGAAUGAGGAAAGGACAGUAAAGGCCAGUCAGGUUUUAACCUUUAGGUUGAAACGUGAAAAUAUUCUCAAUUGUAUUUUUUGCUUGUGUUUGGUUCUUUGGCUCAAGCAUCUGCUGGAAAAGGCAAAAUGUGACUUGAUUCAUAAUAAAGCAAAAACCAUAUACUCGUU